CAAACAGCCACAACCACGCACACACGUCCCACGCCUCAUCUUCCACAAGCCCCAUCCCACCCCGUCCCAUCGCUAAAACUGACGACGCCAUACAACCCUGCUCUCCCUCACGCUCCUGGCCGCCGUCGGGCAUCCACUGUGCAGGCUGCGCCAAUUGCCUUCAGCUCCUUCCAUGGCUGCGCCAAUUGCCUUCUCCUCUUCGCCCUCCAUCCCAGCCCCAGCUAAGUCGGUGCAGGUGUAGGCGCGAUGACCGGAUCCAGCAGGUUUCAACUUUUUGUAGGUGCUCGCUGACGGGUCGGCCUGUAUCGUAGCCUCUUUGGUCGCAUCCUCCGCCGUCUACUUCGACACGUGCGAGAUUGCCAAGUCGCUGCUCCGCCUGGAUGCCCUUCCUUGCUCACGGCCGGCUCCAGCGGUACAUCUCCUUCACCAUCAUGAUCCCAAUUUCACAUGCAACUCCUCCAGUCGGGCGCCACCUCAAGGCCUACAGUACCCCACUCGACGUCGUCGCGGCUGAUGACUAGGAUGGGUGCCUGGGUCCAAAGGGGAGCACCACCAUGGUGGCUUGGUGGGGACGAUGCAGGAGGUCAUGGCGGAGGAAGACUUACAAUCGAUGCUAUCAUUUUUUAUGCCUUCAGGACGUCCAGGCUUGCGAUCUCAAGCCAAGCCUUAAUUCGUGUAAAAGGAAGCGAAGCCAUGGCGGGUAUCGUCGAAUCGGAGGGCAUGGUCUGGUCACCUGGAGCUGCGGUUCUUCGGCCAGGACGACUAGGCAGACAUCUUAGAGCUGAUGUGCAUAUAUAUAGGACAAAGCAGAUUGGUGGUGCUAUGGGUGACGGCGUUAAACUUAGACACACCAUGCAUGGCCGAACAAACACCGGCAGGAUCCAAACUAAAGUUGGGUCUUACAAAUCCUCUUCGUUACCAGCUGGGGAGGACAUAGGUCGUUACUACUCAUUGGUGACUUUCCUCGGCAAUAGUGACCUCGACAAGACCACGACGGCAAAGCCAUUGCCCCUCAGGAUGCAUACUUAUCACAUCCAGGGUGGUGAAAUUCUCGCAAGAACAGGAGACGUUCAAGAGACACAUUUGUCAAAUAGUUAUUCUAAAAUUUGACAAAUGUGACUCAAAAAUUCGUGCAAGGCGGCUAGGAGGAGCUGGACCUGGGUGAUAAAAUCAAGUGGCAGUGAGGCCGCAAUGAUUUCGGAUUAUGUAACUAUUCCAGGUGACCGAGGAAUACGACAUUCACGGUGGGUGGUGCUAUAGAAGAUAAGGAAGAAGGACGGACACGAGAAAUUUAAAGCGAGAAAAAUAAAGGAAAGCUCACCAUUAUUAUGCUUA